AUGGGAAGCCCUCAGGUCUCCCCGCAACCCCGAAUCCCCAAAUCAGGCAUCUGGUGCCCUGCCGUAACAAUAUUCGACAGUGCAACAGACACAAUAGACCUAGAAUCCCAAAGGAAAUACUAUGCAUACCUAUCGCAAAGCGGCCUAGCAGGCCUAGUUCUCAUGGGCACGAACUCGGAAGCCUUCCUCCUAACCCGCGAAGAACGAGCCCAACUCAUCGCAAUAGCCCGCGAAGCUGUGGGACCAGACUACCCUCUGAUGGCAGGCGUAGCCGCCGGCGCGAAUUACCUGUUAAUCCUACCGCCCGCCUACUUCGGCAAAGCAACAAACAUGAAGGCCGUGAAACGAUUCUUUGCCGACGUCGCAAAGAAAGCACCCCUCCCAGUUUUGAUUUACAAUUUCCCCGGUGUAACCAACGGCGUCGACAUUGACUCGGAGAUAGUUACCCAGAUAGUGAGGGAAUCAGCGGCAGCAAGCGCCACCGGCGUCUCCAACAUCGUCGGCGUUAAACUGACCUGCGGCUCGGUGGGGAAGAUCACACGGCUAGCAGCGACGUUUGCGCCAAGUGAGUUUGCGAUUUUCGGCGGUCAGUCUGAUUUCCUCGUUGCUGGGUUGACGGUCGGAUCGGCGGGGUGUAUUUAUGCUUUUGCGAACGUGUUCCCGAAAACGACAUCGAAGAUUUAUGAGUUGUUCAUGGCUGGGAGGCUUGCUGAGGCGAUGGACUUGCAGCGGUCUUCGGCGUUGGCGGAGUCGCCUUGUAAGAGUGGGAUUGCGUCGACCAAAUAUGCUGUGGCUUUGUUUUCGGCCCCCGCUGCUGGUGUGGAGAAUGCGCUCGAGAAGCUCAGAACUCGGACUCCAUAUGAGGAGGCUGGUGAUGCGGUAAGGAAGUCGGUCAGGGAUUUGAUGGGCGCUAUGGCCAGUGUUGAAAAUGCGUUAUAA